CGAAGAACGGAUCUGCGAUCCGACCAGUGUACGUUUGUGUAUCAAAGCGAAUCAUCAUGAUUAAGCUAUUCCUCAUUACGUUGCUUUGCGUGGCGGUGCUCGCCGAUUCACCGGCCGAUAAAUUUAAUCAAAUAAAGCAGGCAGGAAGAAACAUGAGCGAUAUGGCUGAGCAAGUUAUGACGGGUCAUGGUAGUCGUUUAGUGCAACGUGAUGCACCACAACAACAACCGCCGAGGGGACCUCCACCUCGGGGAGGACCACCACAGAAUUAAACAAUAAGUGCAAUAAACCAUGGUCUCUUGUGGAUAUUGAAAUAUAUCGUUGUAAAAGGUGAAAAUAAUUGUAGAUUUCGCUCUAUCACAUAUUUUACUAAAUAAUUUGCACGGCCGCGAAGAACCCCAAUGGUUUCACGAUAAUAAAGGACACACUGCAACAA